UCGCAUAAUCAGCUUCAUUUCCGCAAUCAAAACUGAACCAUAGCAGCGAGCAGACACUUCCUCCAAGAGUCGAAACAGUGAAAUGUGGUUAGCAACACCGCUUUGAGAUAAAAAUACUAAACGUUUUGCUCAUAAACGAAGGAAAGAAAAUUCCGCAGCAGCAGCCAGCGUAGACAUUCAACCAUUCAGAGAGAUGACAGCAAGCACCCCUAGCUACCUGUGGUCCUUACAGGAUGUCCUGGGUCAAGGGGCGACUGCCUGCGUCUACAAGGCUCGAAAUAAGCGGACGGGUGAGUUGGUAGCCGUCAAGGUGUUCAACUUGGCGAGCUACAAUCGCACACCCGAGGUCCAGAUGAGAGAGUUUGACAUGCUGAGGAAGCUCAACCACAAGAACAUUGUCAAGCUGUACGCUGUGGAGGAGCUGCUAUCCAAACAGAAGGUCCUUGUCAUGGAAUUUUGCUCAGGGGGAAGUUUGCUCAACCUGCUUGAAGAGCCAGAAAAUGCUUUUGGCUUGUCUGAGACGGAGUUUCUCACUGUAUUGCAAUGUGUUGUGCAGGGAAUGAACCACCUUCGUGAGAACGGCGUGGUGCAUCGGGACAUCAAACCCGGCAACAUAAUGCGGCAGACGGGCGAGGACGGCAAGUCGGUCUAUAAGCUGACUGACUUUGGAGCAGCGAGAGAGUUAGAGGAUGAUGAGAAGUUUGUGUCCAUCUAUGGAACUGAAGAAUAUCUGCACCCAGACAUGUAUGAGCGUGUGGUGCUCCGUUCGCACCACCAGAAGUCCUACGGAGUGAGCGUGGACCUGUGGAGCGUCGGGGUGACCUUCUACCACACUGCCACGGGGUCUCUCCCCUUCAUGCCGUUCAGGGGGCCUCGAAGGGACAAGCAGACCAUGUACAAAAUCACCACGGGGAAACCGACGGGGGCCAUUUCUGGAUUGCAGCGGGUCGAUAACGGCCCAAUAGAAUGGAGCUCAUCCUUGCCAGACAGCUGCCAACUGUCACAGGGUCUCAAGAUGCAUCUGGUUCCCGUACUUGCCGGUAUACUUGAGGUAGACCAGGAGAGGUGUUGGGGCUUCGACCAGUUCUUCACGGCCACGACGGACAUCCUGCAACGACAGCCGGUGCACCUGUUUGCUCUCCAGCAGGCUAUGGCGCACUGUGUUUACAUGCAUCACUACAACACGGUGAGUGGUUUCUUUGAGGAGGUGGCCAUGCAGACUGGAAUGGAUGUCCAGCACCAGCAGCUGCUCUACUUGGGCCAUGAGCUCCCACUAGAGGGCAGCAUGAAGGUGGUCAACCUCCCUCACACGACAGCUGCACGGCCUCUCAUCCUGCUGAGUCACGGGCUAGAAGCAAACAGCAGCCUCCCCUUCAAGGAACCAGAGACGCCGAUCAUCCCGGCCAAGUUUGACGUCAUGGCCGACUACAACUUCACCAAGUUAAUAGUUGGAGUGGUCCACCAAUAUCUGAGGAUGAUACAACUGCUGCACUCUCACAGAGAGCUGUUACUGGAGGGAUAUUACAGUUACAUGAUGAAGUUGUGCAGGGAGUGUGGGGAAGCUAUGCACAGUAUUGCCCAAAUCAGCAUUCGACUCAAGUCCUGCCUCGGCUUACAACACAGGAUCGGCACCCUAGAUCACCUCGCUUCGGAAAACCAGGGUGCAGCUGAUAAGAGUGACAGGUUGCAGCAGGUCAAUGAGCACCUGCCCGGGUACGCCGCAGGCAUUCGGGAAUUUCAGAACCGCCUGGAUCGCUUCCAGAUAGAGCAGGCCAAGCUUGCCGAGACCCUCAACAGUGAUAAAAGCUGUCAGAAAAUGCAGAUGCUUCUUCAAAAGAUCGUGGCCAUUCAUCAGCUUUACCGUAAAGACAGACUCGCAGGCAAAUUGUUAUACAACGAUGAACAAAUUCACAAGUUUGAAAAAAUCCACCUGUCCUCCCACAUUAAGCGGGUCAAGUCUCUCACCAGAGACAACUGUGUUCCAAAGUACAAGGAUCUCUUGGACAUCACUCGGACAUGGAGCAGAGUUUUACUAGAAAUGCAGAACCAUCUACAGGACUUCAGUUCCUUCAGCACAGGCAUGGUGGCUGAUCUUGAGAUAACGGAGCAGCACCAAAACAAAACUCUGGACAGAAUCUUGGUCACGCUACAGCCAAGCAGAGCAGGACCGCAGCAGCAGGAAAUACCGCUUAGGGACAAGGAACAAAUGGUGUCCAAAAUGUACCACCUAAAGGAAGAAAUGGAAACUCUGGUCCAGGAACUGCAGUGUAGCAACGCUAUUAUUGAGAGUCUAGAAGCGGUGAACUCCGCAGUGGCUGCGAGGCCGAGCUUGAGCCGGCCCGCCACACUGUGACGGCGCCUCGUUUUAAUUGCCUGGUGAAGGCUUGCGGGAUGACUGCUGUGAUGCUAUCAAAGACUGCCUGCUGCAAGGGGAGCUGAAGACAGCAGAUUGUGAACCAAUUAAGAGAUAAGAUUCACAGUUGGGGGGCAAAACACCACAGAGGGAUUUUUUUGGGUUGCCAGCGUAAUACAUCCCUAUACCUCGAAGAAGCAGAAGUUUUCCAUCUCACUAUCAAACCAAAAUGAUCAAUCUUCCAUGAUGUUUUAUUUACUUGAAGCACACAAUGUGAUUGAUCAAUCAAAGCCACUUCAGUAGUUUUCAUUUGAAGUCGUUUUCUAGUUUGUCCCUGUGUUUCCAUGUAGCAAGUAGUACUAUUGUUUUUUAUGUUAUCUGCACAAGAAAAACAGGGUACUUACUCACAAAAGGAUAUUUUGUUAAUUUAAAUGAUGUCAGGCUAUAAUGUACUCUUUCAAACGCUUCAAUUGUACAUCAGUGAGUCUACCGUAUUUUAAUAUUUGUUGCACGAGUAGCUUUCAUUCUUAUUUGUUCUAGGGGGUAAUUUUGUCAAUAUAAGAAAAGUGAAAGUAAAUACAUAUUUAAUGCCCCCUUGA